AUGAUACCAUUAUACCACAAAUUAGAAAAGAAGAUGGAACUCUCACUACUACUGUUGACGAAAAAAAGACAUGAAAUAUGGAAGGCACUUCUACCUGAAAUUGAUCAUGGUCUUGAUAGAGAGUUUGAAAUUGAUGACGAUUCUCGAUGGCCAAAAUUAGAGUUUGAUGAAGUUGACUCUGCAUUGGCUGAUACCCCAAAUGAUAAAGCUCCAGGAGACGAUGGAAUUACUGGCAAAGUUUUAAAGAUGGCAUGGCUAAAUAAAGACUUUAAGGAAAGCCAAGAGCAUACCGACCAAUUUCCUUACUUAAGAUUCCAUCUAAAGUACUGGAAAAAUUAUACAAAAAGAAUGACCAAACUUACAACACACUUACUUCCACCAGAGCAAUAUGGGGGAAGACAAGGUUAUUGUGCUACUGAUGCUGUUUUGGAACUUGUCCAAAGAAUUGAAACUAGUAAAGAAAAAAUUUCAGCUAUGCUCAUUGAUAUUCAAGGAGCUUUUGAUAAUGUUAACAGAAAUAUAUUGGCAGACACAAUGGAGGAUAUGAAACUACCCAAAGCACUUAUAAACUGGACGUACCAAUUUGUAAGUGAAAGAGAAGCUAGUAUGCUCAUGGACCGAAGAAAAGGAUCAGUGCAAAAAAUUAGUACUGGAAUUCCGCAAGGCUCACCUAUUUCACCACUACUUUUUUUGAUAUAUUCCACACCAAUGUAUCAUGCCAUUAAAGAAUGGGGUGGAACUCCUUUUGGCUUUAUUGAUGAUGUGACUAUUACCGUUGAAGAUGAGAAAGUGCAACUUACUUUACCUAAUGGAGAACUUCGUGAACCCCAGAAGGAAGUUAAAUUGCUUGGAAUUACUUUGAACAAUCUGCUUGAUUUUAAAUCUCAUAUUUUGAAUAAAAUCAAUAAAGCAAGAAAAGCUGUUGGUGCUAUUUGGCAUCUUGGUGGCGUGCAAAAGAAUAUGGCUUUAAGAAGAAUUGUUGGUGCUUAUCGCACAACUCCUAUUGCGGUACUACAAAAGGAAGCUGGUAUUAUGCCAUAUAGUAUUAGGCUAAAAUUUAUGGUGGCACGAAAAGCUAUUCGUUUACACCUAAAUAUUAGCAAAACUAAUCCUAUUAAUGGUCAUUUGUUAACAUUGAUUGAGAAAUCUCCAAUUGCAAAGCUAACCACGCUUUACAUGUUGGCGAAAGAUGAUAGAGACUAUAUGAUUAAAAAGGAUGAAAAACGAAAAUGCAAGAGGGUUGAACCUCUUACACUGAAACAACAACAAAAUCAGACGAUUGGAAUUUUGAAGAAACAAGCAAUGGAAGAAUGGCAAGAAAUGUAUUGGAACAGCAGUAAGGAUCUGUGGUAUCAUAAUAUCACAGUGGAGUCGAAAUGUACUGAUAAUCUUUCCAAAAUGGUUACGGGAGUGAUCAUGAAGAAAGAUAGUCGAAGGAUCUUGAGUAAUAUUACUCAGUUUCACACAGGCCAUGGCAACUUUGGCGCAUGGUUUAAAAAAAAAAAGUUUGGAAUUGAAAAGGAUAGUUACAACUGCAAAUGUGGAGAGCUGGAAACAGUUCAUCACAUUUUAGUUGAGUGUCCUUUGCUUGAAGAGGAAAGAAAAGGACUGAAACGGAUAUCUCCAGAGAUGGACAUAACCAAUAUUGAUUUGGUUUAUGGCUCAGUGGACUUACUUCAUAGAAUUUCAUUUAGUGGAGUGGAUGAAAAUACACUAAGUGAUCACUCAAUUGUGGAGUGGGACAUCUAUAUGUCUCAGAGUAAAAACGGGGAUGAAGUUUUUACUUCGGUGAAGAGAUUGAAUAUUAAGAAUGCAGAUUGGGAAAAGUUUGACAAGGAGCUUUCUUCUGCCAUUAAAGAUUUUAAUGUGCAUAACAAAACUCUAAAAUCAACUGACCAAAUUGAUGACCAAGCUAAAGUUCUUGAGGAGGUUGUAAAAAGAGCAAUGGCAAAGUCGAUGAAGGAAGUUAAGGUGAUGAAAAAGUCCAAACGCUAUUGGAAUCAAGAAUUAAGGGAGAAGUUAGAAAAAGCGCUAGAAGCUAAAAGGGAAGCCCGUCAAAGACAACCUUCUUUGGCUUUGAAACGACAAAAAAUUGAAGAGGCAAAAAAAGCUAGAAAAAUUUUUGACCACAGUUUGCGUGAGGCAAGUACUGAGCAAUGGAAUAAAUAUUUGUCUAGUUUAGAAGGAAAUGACAUUUGGAAGAUUUUGAAGUAUAUUAAUCCAAAAAGCAAUGAUACCAUUAUACCACAAAUUAGAAAAGAAGAUGGAACUCUCACUACUACUGUUGACGAAAAAAGACAUGAAAUAUGGAAGGCACUUCUACCUGAAAUUGAUCAUGGUCUUGAUAGAGAGUUUGAAAUUGAUGACGAUUCUCGAUGGCCAAAAUUAGAGUUUGAUGAAGUUGACUCUGCAUUGGCUGAUACCCCAAAUGAUAAAGCUCCAGGAGACGAUGGAAUUACUGGCAAAGUUUUAAAGAUGGCAUGGCUAAAUAAAGACUUUAAGGAAAGGUUUUCAAGCUUCUCCAAGCUUGUGUAA